ACAUCACUCAAAACUAAAGGAUGGUUGUUUUGUUUGAGAGGUUGUGUGUAAAAUGUGUGGAUAUUCUAUAUUUUUGUAGAUGAAAGUUUGCGGUCGCGUAGUUGCGCGGCUACAACGGCUCAAGCUAACAAGCCCGUCCCAGCCCGUGUCAACCCAUUCACCUUAGCAGCAAAGGGAAAGAUGACAGUAGAGAAACGUGAGGAGUGCCACAGAAAAGUCACCGCUUUUGUGGUGAAAAGGCUGCAUCCCUUCUCAGAAGUAGAAGCACCUACAUUUCGGUACGCAAAGACAAUUAUACAAAUUUUCUAGCUGCCCAGACCUCACCCACAAUAACAAUAUCAUUUUUGUGUUUACAGGGACAUGCUUUUUACUCUUAACCCCAACUACACCCCCCCUACCAGAGAUUAUCUGACAAAUCACUUAAUACCAUCUUGGUAUAAGAUUGAAAAGUCAAAUAUAAUCACUGAGCUUAGUGAAGUUAGCCAUGUUGCCCUCACAUCUGACGGCUGGACUAGUAUUGCGCAAGACCACUACCUUACUGUCACAGCACACUAUUUAGUGGAAGGCAAAAUGAGGCAAAAAGUGCUCCAAACCAAGGCUGUCUACAAAGCCCAGACAGGAAUCGUCAUAGCAGAGGAGAUUGCAGAUGUCUUGACAGAUUUUGGCAUUUUUGACAAAAUAGUGGCAGUCACAGUUGACAAUGCUGCAAAUAUGGAUGUAGCCAUACACAGGCUCCAAUUUGUGAAGCUGGGCUGCUUUGCUCACACUUUGAAUCUGGCAGCACAGAGUCUCUACUCAUUGGCCAUCAUGUCUCAAUGGAUAGCAAAGAUCCGUGCACUUGUUGUGUGGAUUAAGAGGUCAUCAAUGGCUAAGACCGUGCUCCAGGAGAAGCAGGCUAUCCUAAACUUGCCCGGUUCACUGACGAAGACCUCAGGCGGGCAGAGGACUUCAUCAGACUGAUGAGGGUUAUGUACACGUCCACCCUCUGCGUUUCUUCGGAAAAUAACCCAACAUCUGGACAGAUUCUGCCCAUUCUCAAAAAGCUUGAGAUGCAUUUUACUGUUACUGAUGGGGACACAGUAUUUGUGUCCAACCUUAAAAAGCAAGUUUGGGGAAAUCUGUCAAAGCGUUACCAGAGUGAUAAAAUCAGGAGCUUUCUGGAAGAGGCUACUGCUUUGGAUCCACGCUUCAAACAAAAGAUGGACGAUAAUGCUGCUGUCUGGGACCGGAUCAAGGGGAAGUUCCUGGCCAAAAAUCUGACCGACUCUGAGAAGUCAACAGAUCUAGACUGUGGAGGAGAUGGUGACGAGAACAUGGAAGGAAUGGAGAGUGAGGCAGAGGAGAAUAAAAUGCAUCCCUGCAAAACCCCCAAAAUGACCCCAUUGGAGGAGCUGUUUGCUGAUGAGGAUGCCCAAAAGGUGACACCACAGCAGCAUUCCAUGUCCAUCCAGGACCAGGUAGAGAAGGAGCUGCACAUGUACAAGGCUAUGCCACGCAUAGUUACGUCUGAUGACGCUGCGGCCUGGUGGUGGAACAUGAGAACAACCUAUCCUUGCCUGUCAGACAUGGCCUUCUCAUAUUUAUGUGUCCAGGCUUCCUCUACACCCAGUGAACGUGUUUUCUCGACUGCUGGUGACACAAUCUGUGCUGAACGCUCACGCAUACUGCCUGAGAAGGCAGAUAUGCUUGUUUUCCUCAAUAAGAACUGUUUUUAAAUGGGGGGGGGGUUUCCUUUAAAAGUUGGACUGUUGCUGUGUU